AAAAAUAGUAUACAGAAACAAACAGUUAUCAACAAUAUUAUCUGAAUCAAACAAAAUAAACACACAAUUUUUUUUAAAAAAAUCUCUAAAAUUCUUUCUCUAUUUUGUCAGAAGCUUUUCGACGCAGAAAUCCAUGGCGCACACACUCUCGUAGCCAACCCCUUUACUGUUUUCACGUUUGCUUUCUCACAAUGGAGGCUCGUGCACGACGUCGUUUAGCUCUGCUUUCCUCCCACGUGAACCCACUCGCAGAAACCCCGGGCACGGCGUCGUUUAGCUCGCUGAUGGCUUCCACUUGCGCUAGCGGCCAUGACGGAGAGAAGGAGAUGAAGAAGGGAGGAAAUGAUUGUGUAUUUUGCAGGAUUAUUCUCGGCGAAGCUCCUUCUUUAAAAUUAUAUGAAGAUGAUGAGUGCCUGUGCAUUUUGGAUACAUAUCCUCUAUGUCAUGGGCACUCUCUUAUUAUUCCAAAGAGUCAUUAUCCUUCGUUGGACGCAACUCCUCCAUCGAUUAUAGGGGCCAUGUGUUCAAAAGUGCCUCUAAUUAGCAAUGCUGUCAUGAAAGUUACCGGUUGUGAUUCAUUCAACUUGCUGGUCAACAACGGUGCAGCUGCCGGCCAAGUUAUAUAUCAUUAAUUUUCUGUUGCAUGCCAAGUUCAGACUCACAUCCACAUAAUACCCCGUAAAGCAAACGACUGCUUGUGGACUUCUGAGGUACUCUCUCUCUCCCUCUCUUUCUCUCUCUUCCUCUCUCUCUCAUAUCUGGUGAGUCAGUUGAUGGUGAAGAUGGCCACUCUUGCAGUCCCUACGGAGGCGCCCAAUGAAGGUGGACCAAGAAGUCUCGCGGCUAGCAGACCGUAUCCGUGAAAGUUUGAUGUUUGUGAACAGCUACGAAGAUAGCAAAGGUCAAGGAUCGACCCUUGUGGCGAACUAGGUACACGUUCGCCCCCUGUUCUAUAUGUACACUAUGUGCAUUGUGUUUUUUCUUUUCCGAGCCUUACGCCAUCAGAUACGAGCCAUUGAUCUCACGAGCUCGGUGGGAUCGGAACCUGUGAAAACGAACUGCAUCAAUGUUGGAAAUGGUUUUAACUUAUAUAGUGUCAUUUGUUGCUAUGGCUGGUCAGAGAGAGAAACUUCUAUUGUAGUUCAGUCGGUUCGACUUCUCUGUUACAUUUUUUGUUACAUUGUUUUUUUUUUAUCGUCGUUACGUCUCGUUUGGUCGAGAAUCCUUCGAAAUCUUCGUCUCCGACCUUCAUAAUCGAUAUGGUUUCCUUAUUUUUUCUU